AUGGUGAACCCAAAGUUUUCGAGGAGCAUUAAAGACCUCAAGGGCAUGGCCAAGGUCAUUGCCGAGCGGAAUAUGGAGAAGGCCAGUCCGGCGUUUUUCCGGUUCCAAUCGAAAUACCAAGUCAAGGAGGUCGCUAGACUGAAGAAUGACGAGCUGCCAUUUGUAGUUGGCGACCGGGUUCAGAUGAUCCGAGGUCCGGAACGAAAUAAAAUCGGCAUUAUUAGAGCCAUUUACGAUAACGGUAACGCAUAUAUGAUUGAAGGUCUGGGUGGUUCGGAGAAAUUUGUUCUGCCUCGAGAACUGUGGUCCGAAGGCCAUUCCAAGCCAGUGGUCACAGUUCCUACUCCAGUACAUUAUAAGAACUUGCGAUUGGUUACCAAAAUUAAGGAAGAGGAUGGUACUGAACAAGAUGUGGCCAUUCACUCAAUCAAAUACGAGGGUACAUAUUUCGACCACCACACAAACAGCGUCCGUAAAAUCAGACGGGCUGCUCAUGACAGCUCUAUUGUCAUUCCCUAUCCUCGAGGUGAACCUGUAAAACCCAGUAAAGAAAUGCUAGCCACACCUGCCGACGUUGCUGACGAACGAACUCAUUUUGUGACGUCGAUACUGGACUCACCUGUGCCAAUUGGAGCCAUGGACCAGAUCCGAAACCCCUACUCGCGAUUCAGGAGAAUCAAAGACGGAGCCAAGGUCACGGCCCAGGAUCUCAGAAAACUGGCUCCCAAGACCAUGCCACACUCACCCGCCACUAAAAAACUGCUCGAAAGUCUGGCCCAACUGCCCAAAAAGCACACCGUACCCUUCACCAAAGACAUCGAGAGCUUCAUCGGCCACGAGGUCGAGAAGGGACUCCAAAAGCGCGUGGCCGAGGAAACGGCCGCGCUCGCUUCCUAUAAAUAA